UGACUCGAAGCUGCGUAACACGGUAACACAGCAACGAUUCCUUCUUCCCAUAUCGGAUAUCCAUAUGUGGCGAUUGAUCCCAAUCCCCAGUAGCCACACAGUGCACGUGAAGAUGAUUAUGCCUUCAUCGAUCUCCCACGACAAGCCUUCCAGAUAUGCUCAUACUCGCACUGGAAAUGAAUUUCAAUAUUAUUCCGUUUAGACUGACAAUUUUUGGCCAUUUCUGACAGUGCGAUUGAUAGCCACUGUCUCAUCUGCAUCGGUUUCGUUAACGCACAUAUUGUCGGGUUUUAUUGGUUCAUUUUCCACUGGUUGCGGAAGUGAAUGGUCUUCCAUUGUGAUGAUCUCGCCAAGUUUAUCGAAUUUGAUUACACCAUCAGAAAGAGAAUUGCCUGGGUUUAUUGCGACCAUCUGUUCCUUAAGGGAAAAUGUCUGACUGGGACACAAACAGUCAUGGACGCGGCUAUUCUGGUGCGGCCUUUGAUCAGCAGGUCGGCCGUACGGAGAAAUCACCCUUGGAGAAGUUCAAGGAACAGUUCUGGACAGCCAAACAGGUUGUGCUGCAAAAGUUAGGCAAAAAGGAGGAUCAGCAUCUGAUUGCUAGUGAUGCUGAGCUUGAUGCAAAACUGGAACUCUACUCUUCCAUCAAGAUUUCCUCUGGUGGAUUAAUGCGUAUUGCAAAUCGCUAUCAGAAGGAGAUGCAUGAAUUAUCGAAGGAAGAAUAUGCAAUGGGUUUAUUCCUCAAGCGUCAUGGUGAACAAGAUCCGAGUAGAGCCGGUAUGAUGCUAGGAAAUGUGGCCAAAGCGCUAGUCAUUUCCGCCCAGAAAAGAAUGGAGGCACGUGCUCCUCUAAUACGACUUGCUCAGGACGCCCGCACAUAUCGUAGAUGCGCCGUCACCGAUACGGAAUCCAAAAUCGAGCAAAUGGAAGAAGCGCGCACUGAAUAUCGCGGUGCAUUAUUGUGGAUGAAGGACGUGUCCGAAGAGCUGGAUCCCGAUACAUUCCGUAAACUUGAGAAAUUUCGCAAAGUGCAAUCUCAAGUUCGUGCCAAAAAGGAAAAGUUUGAUUGUAACAAACUUGAUACGCUUCAGAAAAUUGAUCUCCUAGCCAUCAGCCGCUUGAACAUGCUAUCACAGUCGUUAACUCCCUAUGGGACAUCAAUGAAUGAUUUCCAUGAAAAAGUUGCGGCAGUUUUAUCAGCUGUGGUUAUUCCUGGCCAUAAUCCCAAUGAAGCUGAGCUGGGCUUGCUGCAGCACACGGGGGCAAACAAAGCCACAUCUCACUCGACGCAAUCAGUGUCAAAAGAUGAUGAUGCCCUUCUUGACCUUUCCGGUGACGCCGCGACUGCCAACCAGGUUUGCCCCGCGUCGUCAUCAGAAUUACUGGAUGCGUUCUGGAAGGAAAGUGGGCUGGAGAAUAAUAAUUUUGAUCCACUUUCCGCUGCAAUGGAUGGAUUGAGCUUCGAAUCCAGCGAAGUGAACGACCGUCAGGACCAAUCACCGGAAAAUAAUCCUUUGGCGGGUUUGUUUGAUUUUUCGGAACUGGAUGAAACGGAAAAGGGAAACAUGGGAUUUUUUGCUGGUGAUACUUUACAGCCGGCGAAAUCGUUCGCAGCGGAACAGUCAUCUUCUAAAGACGCUCCAACUGGCUACAAAGCAUUCCUGCCUUCUCAGUUGCUGAAGAAGGGCUGGACUUCGUCACUUUCUUCACCUACAGUUCCCAGCAAACCCGAGGCGGGUGAGAAAACUGCUAAAUCUAAGGCAUGGCAGGAUUUAUUUGCCGAUUUGGACCCUUUAACCAACCAAUCCGCAUCUGCGUCCAGGCGAACUGACGGGAAAGAGGAAGAGGGCAGCUGUUAAAAGUUUCACUAAUGAAGUGGAUUGUGUUUCUUCUUUAUGCAUACCGGUGGCCGAUGGAAUUUCGUGGAUAACGAGUUUUUUGUGCUUUUUAAUUAUUUGUGUUGCGAAGUUAUUUCAUUGUUUUAUCUUAAAACUUGUUUGUUUGAUUAAGUAACAUUGUUCUUAGAGUGCUUAUUGAAGAAUCUGAUAAUUUUGGUGCAUGGCGUGCCUGUAUUUUUCUUGUCUGCAGCACGAUCGGCUGUUGCCUGUUAAGUACUUUGUUGUCAACUCUGAAGUCGUCAUCAUUAGCGCCGUGCUCCUCAUGCGGGACGCACAAUACUUCCUGUAAUCGUACGAAUAGGAAUAUCAUUGUGGUUCGCUCUGUAUUUCAGAUCAGUGACGAAUAAAAAGUGAUAAA